AUGGCCUCACCAGCUCCCGUUCCGCACGUUCCCGCAUGGAAAAGGCUGGGAUUGAAGCUAAGAUUUGCAACAGAACUACCUACUCAACCUGAUGCCGAUGACGGAAACCUUUCUAGUACGAUUGACAAUAACGAAACCGGGCUGGAGAAUCAUAUAAGGAAGAGGAAGUUGACUCCGGAACUGGGAGGGGAUAUCAGUUCAAAGAAGCAGAAACGCGAAGACAAAUUAAGCGAAAAUGAAACCCCGAAUUUAGGAUUUUCUGACAAAAAAGACCAAAGGAAACACAAGAAGUCUGCAUCAGGCGCAGAAGAGGCCUCUGAAGUUCAGAGACAGAAACCGUCGGAGUCAAAAGGCUCGGCAAGGAAGUCGGUGUCAUUCGCAGAAGGGACAAAGAAAGCAGAUGGCUCCCCAGAGCUGGAGCCCGAAUCCGUGUCCGAGCAAGCCCCGCUCACAUCAGACCAGAAAAGGGCAGAAAAACGGCAGAAAAGAGAGCAACGUUCAAAGAAUCACUCGGCUCAGAAUUCCAAUCCUAAAACCCCGUCCGCACCAUCAGACCGAAUCUUAGACUACCUUACUACCUACUAUAGCUCACGAUCAGAGUGGAAGUUCCAGAAAAACCGAGAAACCGUCAUUCUUAAAAAUGCUUUGUCCGUGGAUCGAAUACCAGGCAGCUAUAACCCGGCUUUAAGUACAUAUCUCACCAGUUUAAAAAGCGCUGCAGCAAAAGGUCGGGUCGCACAAUCGGCCCUGGAGGCAAUCGAGGCGGAUGAGAAAAUCAAUGAGGAACAUAAUACAGAGUAUACGCAGGCCAUUACAUUACUCAGAGCACAAUUGGCUGAAUUGGGCCAAAAUAUCCCCGAAGCCGAAGCCGAUGCCCAGCAAGGUUCUUUAAAUGAUGACCAGCUCAAGAGAUUUGCGAGGAGAAAACGAGCAGAACUGGUCUAUUUUGCAGUAUCUGGUCAGAUUGCCAAAGAAACAAAGCCGUCUGUAUCGAAGGAAGAGACGAAGCCGAGCGUAAAACGCAAACGAAAGACAAGAACUGCAAUGGUGGAAGAAAAAUACACAAGCAGCAGUAGUGACAGCGACAACGACAGCGAAAGCAGUAGCGAAAGUGAAAACGAUGGAAGCGAUUCCUCGAGCUCUGAUACCAACCAGAAAGGGCUGCAGAAAAGCGAAAUUCAAUCCAGCUGGCCUCCAAGUGUGUCCAGUUCAUCUUCAUCUGAGCUGAGUUCGGAUUCCGAUACUACUUCUUCAGGUUCGGAUUCGGAUUCGGAUUCUGAUGUCACUUCAAAUUCAAACUCAGACUUAGACAUUCGCCCUGGCAUCGAGGUAUGA